UAUUGGACAUAGUAGCCGAUCCAUUGCCGCAAUUUUACUACAAAACAGUGAACUUGAAUUCAGUUAUACGUUGCAGCCGAAGUGAAGUGGUUGUUUGCAAAAGUGAAAUCUUUGCUAGUUUAGAAGCGAUUAGACUAAAUUGCAGCCAUUGAAUCUGAUUGAUAGAAAAUGCAGGUUUCCUGUAUUGUUUUGCUAUUUUUGCUUUCCGUUGCCAUGUUCGGGGUGAAAGAAACGGUUUCAAUAGAAGAGGAAGAAACCGAAGUGGAAUUUCGAACAGGAUCACCACAAAGAGCACCACAAGAUAAACGAUUUAUUAUCGAACCAGAGGGUCAUUUGCUUAUGAGAGAUCAUGAAGUUGAACAUGGGAAAAACCACGUCAACGAUAUGGAAACCGCAGAAACUCAUCAUCAUCGGCGUCGCAUGCGAAUCAGUAGAAGAUUCGGUUUCCCACCCAUCGGUGGUUUUGCCUCAUUCGGUGGUGGUGGUGGUGGUGGUUUUCCAUUCUUCAAUCCAUUGCUUGGAAUUUUGGGUCUUUUUGGCUGAAGUGCUAGAUCUGCAGUGAAGGCUAUGUGGGGACACAGCACGAGUGACAAGCAACAAAAUUGUAAAUGUUAGUGACAAAACAUAGUUAAAAGUUUGUAGUUUCGCAUAAAAAUCUA